GUAAAAGGUUAAAAAGUCGUCGGCCGGGGUGAAAAGGAAAAAUAGAUAAAAGGAAAUUAGGGGUUGACGUUUACUUUAGGCUUUAUAUUUCGGGUGCCCUCCUUUCUUCAUUCUCUUUCCUCUGAAUACACAUUUUUUUCUUGGCGGCUACCUUUCUUCUUCUCUCUGAAGCCUCUACACCGCCAAGCUUCGCGAGGCUCCGAUUAUCUUUCUCUCUCUUGUUACCGGAUCUCUGUUUGCAGUUCCUGUGCAUACCUUGAAUAGGUGCCAGCUCUCUCGAGAAUACCUAGCUUCCAUUAUUUAACUAUGACAACGAUUGGGACUCAAGCAAGUGAAACAGCAGAUUUGUUGGAAACACUAAGUUUGGAUUCUCAGACAAAAUCUCUUGAUGUACAUGGGUCUCAAAAAAAGUUUGGCUCACUAGAUUCACGCACCGGGAUAAGUAGUAUGGCUAAACCAUAUGAGCGUUCUACGGUGCCCAUUCCAGAUUAUACAAAUCUGAACUUGUACUAUCCAACUAAUGGCUACACUUAUCCUUACUAUCUUGGAGGUUUUGAAGAUCCACAUAACUUAUGGAAUGAGUAUAGAUAUUUGAAUCAUGAUGGAGUUGAUAUGCACUCGGGACCGCAACACCGGCGGCAAGCUUCAACGCUUGGUCAAACUGGUGGAUAUAUGGGAAGGUCACACCUUAAUGAUCAAAUGUAUGGUCAUUUUGGAAACAAUUACCGCGGUGGGUCAGGAUUUGGGUUGAACUAUUACAAUCCCAAAUCAGCUUGGAAUGCAUGGCGAUCAUUUGACAAUAAGUAUCCAUCUAAAGGGCGUAACAAUGGGUUUUUCGGCUAUGUGAAUGAAAACAAGGAUAGUCUGAAUGAGCUAAGCAAGGGACCUAGAGGGAAGGAUGUGAAAAACCAGCUAGGUUUUGGAUCAGUUAAAUUGGCUGUGAAGGGGCAGGAUUUGACUCAGAAAGCAAAUAGCAAAGAAGAAACACCAUCUGCAAUGCCUGACAAGCAGCAAUUUAACAAAGAAGAUUUUGCUGAGACAUACUCAGAUGCUAAGUUUUUUGUUAUUAAAUCGUAUAGUGAGGAUGAUGUCCAUAAAAGUAUCAAAUAUAAUGUCUGGGCAAGUACCCCCACUGGAAAUCAAAAGCUGGAUGCAGCAUAUCAGGAAGCAAAAGGGAAAACUGAUGGCUGCCCUGUGUUUUUGUUGUUUUCGGUAAAUGCUAGUGGGCAAUUUGUUGGACUUGCUGAAAUGGUUGGUCCUGUUGAUUUCAACAAGAACAUGGACUUUUGGCAACAGGACAAGUGGACUGGAUGCUUUCCAGUCAAGUGGCACAUAGUGAAGGAUGUUCCCAAUAGUCUGUUGAAGCAUAUUACACUAGACAACAAUGAUAACAAGGCCGUUACAAAUAGUAGAGACACGCAAGAGGUUAAACUCGAGCAGGCUGUUCAAGUGGUGAAAAUUUUCAAAUCCCAUCUGAGCAAUACUAGUAUCUUAGACGACUUUGAAUUUUAUGAGGCACGGCAAAAAGCUUUGCAGGAGAAGAAGGCUAAAAGACUACAAUACCAGAAGCAGGUAAAAAACGAGAACUCUGGAGAUGUGGUCGCUGCAGCAGCUUUCACCGAUGCAUCGACAGCUCCACCUAACAGCCAGUCAAAAACGCAGGAAUCUGUAGCUGAUGUCAGCCAAGGAGAAAAGAAUGGUGGUAUUGGUGAAGUUUAAUAACUACAAGUUUUUGAUGGCAGAGUGAGAGUUCAGCUUAGUGCCUAGUUUUGAUCCAUAAUUAAGCUAGUUUAUAGGUUCUCCCAUUUUACUCAUUCAGACUUCACUUUUUUUUCUUUCUUUUCUCUUUUUUUCCUUUUAUUUUUUUGUGGUGGGGUGGUAUGCUUCUGCAAAAUAUGGUUGAGUUUUCCUGUGUUUUUUCUUUUUUUUUUUUAAUAUAAGAAAUUGAAUGUAGCCUCUUGUGGGCAGAUAAUAUUUGCCGUUUGUAGUCAAGGGAUUUGGCAUAGUUUAGCUUAGUUGCAUAGGAGACUUGAGUUGAGACCUAAGAGAUAAUUUUUAGCUAUAAUGAUAUCGUGGUUUUUUCUGAGUA